AUGGCGUAUCAACCUGCUAUUAUGAGUGUCUCCUUGGGGCGAGCUUGGCUCCAUGACUUCACCUACAAGAUGGAGCAAGCUUCAAAAGCAGGCUUCAAGGGGAUGGAGAUUUUCUAUGAAGACCUCGAUUAUUUCGCGCGGCAGAUUUCUGGGAAUGACGAGCCAAGUUCUGACCAACUGCUCCAAGCAGCAGACCAGAUUCAUGCAAUCUGCGAAAUCAAUGGCCUUGAGAUCAUCACGCUGCAACCAUUCCUCUUCUACGAGGGCCUAAAAGAUCGAGCACAACAUGCAAAGCUGAUUGAAAAAAUGAAGCUCUGGCUACAACUUGCCAAGCGAUUAAAUACCACCACUAUUCAAAUCCCUGCCAACUUUCUCCCCGCAGACCAACUCACCGACGACAUUGAUGUCAUAGUUGCCGACCUGAGACAACUGGCGGAUAUGGGCGCAGCCGAAACUCCUACUAUCCGCUAUGCAUAUGAAAACCUGUGCUGGAGCACCGUCAACGACACCUGGGAGAAGGUCUGGGACAUCGUCAAGCGAGUUGAUCGACCAAAUUUUGGCAUAUGUUUGGACACCUUCAACAUCGCAGGGAGGGUCUGGGCCGACCCCACCUCACCAACCGGCAAGACGACCAAUGCAGAUGUGGAUUUGAAAGAAUCGCUGCAAAGAAUGGUGACGGAAAUUGAUGUCGCCAAAGUUUUCUACCUUCAAGUUGUUGAUGCAGAGCGGAUGGAGUCGCCACUCGUCCAGGGCCACCCCUUCCAUGUGGAAGGUCAGCCGGCGCGCAUGAAUUGGUCGCGAAAUGCGAGAACUUACAUGUAUGAGGAGGAACGCGGGGCAUACCUCCCUGUUGAGGAUGUCGCCAGAACGAUUGUGUCGGGGCUGGGAUACAAGGGGUGGGUCUCUAUGGAAUUGUUUUCGAGGACAAUGUCGGACGAGGGAAAGAAUGUGCCUGAUCUGCAUGCACAAAGGGGUAUUGUGUCUUGGAAGAAAUUGCAACAGAGGCUUGAACUGAAUUAA